AUGUUGUUGAAGCACUUUGGGAAGAAUCUGCUAAAAGCUCUGGACCUCAAGCCUCAGUGGGUUCGACCUCCACAGAGUAAGGCGCUGACCUUCCUGCUGCUGCAGCCUCCCAGCCCCAAGCUGCCUCCCCACAGCACCAUCCGCCGCACCGCCAUCGAUCUGAUUGGCCGAGGCUUCACCGUGUGGGAGCCCUACAUGGACGUGUCGGCGGUGCUCAUGGGACUGCUGGAGCUCUGCGCUGACGCCGAGAAGCAGCUGGCUAAUAUCACCAUGGGUUUGCCCCUCAACCCACCGGCCGAUUCUGCUCGCUCAGCACGCCACGCCCUGUCUCUCAUCGCCACUGCCCGUCCACCGGCCUUCAUCACCACCAUUGCAAGAGAGGUUCAUCGAUACAACGCAGCUCAGGCGAACUCUCAGUCGCAGCAGAACGUUCACACCACCACUCUGGCCAGAGCCAAGACCGAGAUACUGCGCGUGAUCGACAUCCUGAUAGAGAAGAUGCCCGGAGACGUCGUGGAUCUGCUGGUCGAGGUGAUGGAUAUCAUCAUGUACUGUAUUGAAGGGUCUCUAGUGAAGAAGAAAGGCCUGCAGGAGUGUUUCCCUGCCAUUUGCAAGUUCUACAUGGUUGGUUAUUGUGACCGCAGUCACCGCAUCGCUGUUGGAGCUCGACAGGGAUCAGUGGCCCUCUACGACGUCCGCACUGGAAAGUGUCAGAACAUCCACGGUCAUAAAGGUCCAAUCACAGCGGUGUCGUUCGCCCCCGAUGGACGUUACCUGGCAACGUACUCCAACGCUGACAGUCACAUCUCCUUCUGGCAGAUGAACACCAGUCUGCUGGGCAGCAUCGGGAUGUUGAACUCGGCCCCUCAGCUCCGCUGCAUUAAGACCUACCAGGUUCCUCCUGUGCAGCCGGCGUCCCCGGGCUCCCAGAAUCACCUGAAGCUCGCCCGCCUCAUCUGGACUUCCAACCGCAACGUCAUCCUCAUGGCCCACGACGGCAAGGAGCAUCGCUUCAUGGUCUAAAGCGGACCUUAAACUCCAGCUGAGUCCUUCUUGUUGUAUCUGUUUUCAUUUUUUUGCUCCAAGGCAGAAAUUCUGCAGCACGGAUUCUCACAGUGGUCAGUUAGUUUCUGCAUCAAAUAUGUAUCCUGAGCAGCAACAAUUGAGUCUAAAAAUAAGUGAAGCUGAUAGUAAAGACUAAGGUGGCUUGUCUUUGAAAAAAAAAGGACAUUUCACAUGAAAAAUCUGAAGAUAUCAAACUACAGCUUGGCCAGAGAAGCCAGGUUUGGACCUGAUGAACUUUUUGUUUUUAUCUUCCAUAGUGAUAAUUGUGAGGAAACUCACGCUGUAAUUGGUUUAAAAGCCCUGCUGGAAGGCUUGUUUACAUUAUGAUUUGCAAUGAUGUAUUUUUUAGCUGUUAACAUCUUCGUGUCAUUCCCAUUUUUUUGCUGUUUUUGCUGUUUUUGCCCGUUGUCACAGAUCUCCUCUGUGCCAUCUUGGGUCCCAGUUGUUGCUGUUACUUUAUUUCGGUGCUAAAUACAAUCAUCUCAUCGUGAAAUUUAAAGGCAUUUGUGGAUUUACUUUGCAGAAAUGCUGAUUGGAAUAUGGAUUUAACAUAGGGACCCUAAAAUGAAUCAAUCCAAUCUUCAUUUUUUUUCUUUAUAUCAAAGGAGUCAAAAAAUUAAAGGACACAAUUAAUUUCUUAAUUUUUAUUUGCUGCACUGAAUUAACUCUAGAAGUCUGUUGAAAAUAUUUCAGAGGAAUUCUCCGCCACUUUCUUGAAAGCUUUGCUUCUCUUCGCCAUCUGGAAGGCAAGUACACUUUUUUCACAUUUCAGACUGCCGCUCUGCUUUUGUGUGAGAGCGAGUUCUUUGGUGUUAGCUUUUACUUUUCUGACACCUUCCAAGCUUUUCCAUCCUCUUCACAUACACUCACAUUUCUGCUUCACGC